AUUCUACCUCUGCCUCUGGUCAGAGACAGCUGAAGCUGCAGAGCGCGAUCAAGGAGAAGCAGAAUCACUGGAUGGAAACACAGGAUCACAAACAUCCAAAAAAAGAAAGACUGGUGAAGACUGAUAUUUGAAAUCGCAAGAGCAGAACAGGGAAGGAAAAAGAUCCAGCGGACGCAACAAAGACCAUCUGUAAGCAGCUAUGCGACCACGGUCCAGACUGCUGGCCAAGACGAGACUCAUGCUGCCCACAAUCAGAGAGGGCACCGAGGAGACGGUGAGAGAUUUGAACGAAGCCAAAACACUUCAUUUUGCUGCUCACGGCCAGGCUGUGUCAUCAGAGGACUACCUCCUCUCCAUCUGCCACCUGGCACACCCCACUUUCCCAACCAGGGAUGUUUCCCCUGACGACUUCCCCGCACGGCAGCAGGACGCUGUGCAGCAGAGGCUGAAGCCGUCACGGUUUAGUGGGACUGCAUUAACCACAUUUGAAUUCAACCCAAAAGAGGAGGGACACGCUGCUGAUGUGCAGCAGGGAGAGGGGAAAGAACUGAAUGGCGAGAUUAUGUUUGGCAACUCUGACCCUCUGGAGUAUCUUUACGGAGACCAGAAUAACCUCUCUGCCCUCCCAGGUGGUGUGAGGAAAGCAUUUGUUGAGGAGCGGUUUGUAAGGCAACAUAGGAGCAUAUGGGAGGGCCAGGCUCGCACCAGAGCCCACAGCAUCCCCCAUGCUUCAAGUCCAGACUUCCCACACCAACGCAAGAGCAGCUGCCCUGACUUGCACACCAGCACUAACACUUCAGUUCCAAAUAUCUCCCCAAAACACAGUUUAUCCAGGUCAGAGGCCAGGAGAGUUCGCUCAGCAGACAGAGGAGCAGAGAGACUGAAUCCAACUGUCAAACAAUCCCUCAUCUCCCAGUGGAUCGCUGACUGCAAGCUGGCAUGGAGGGAGGCGCGCGUUCGGGCCUGUAUGCUGCCCGCUAUCGCUGAGAUAUAGGAUGCAAACGAAUAGCUACAUUCCACAAUAAAGUAUCCUAAUCUUCAUGUGUGUCAGUGCAUGAGACGCUGUCAUAAGGAGAUAUGUAGAAACACAAAUCUAAAAAACAUACAGAUGCAAGUAAAUAUAAUCAUGACUGCCAUCCAUAUUGUUACAUCAACGUUGCUAUUUACCGUCACGUCAUCACAGCUCUUCAUGUAUGCUGGUGAUCGUACAAAUUCAUGAGAAUGGACAAAUGUGUAUCAUCCUUUUUUAUGCCUUUUGGUGUUUUGUGUAUUACGCAUAAAGUAAUAAAACAUUUUUUUGAUACUCUAAAGGUAA